AUGGAAAAGUUCUUACAAGUUGCCCCGCAUUCCCUCGCCCUGGUUUUGGGUCGGAGGAGAGUGGAGGAGGAGAGCCCGGAGGAGCAUCACCGACGACAACAACAACAACUCCAGCAGCCCCAACGCGGCGGCUAUGAGGUGUUCGCCAACUUUAAAGAGGUCAACAUGCAGCAUUUCUGGAAUAGUGCGCUGACAUACGCGCUGACAGAGGUCUUCUUCCUCGGAUGGAUCCAUGAGCGGGUGCUUUUGAUCCAGGGAGAAGAGGCCAACCUGGAAGUGCUCCGCAGCGGAUGGAUGAGGCGGACCCUCGCGCCUCCACGGGGCUUUGAGAUCAAGUGCAUAGGUGGGUAA